AAACAUAAAUAUAACCUUAAAAAUAAACAUGUAAAAAUAUUUCUAAAAACAAAUCAGAUUAAUAAUGAGACAUGUAUUCCCAAUUAUUUAAACUUUAUAACUCCCGCAUUUCCUAUUCAAUUAUUAAAGAAACAGCCAAAAAUUAUAGUAAACUUUCUUCAAAGGUACGAGUAGUGAAUGAACAAUCAGAAAACCAAUUAGAAUAUAUUGAUUCAAUAAUUAAAAAGUACAAGGGCACUUUGCUAUAUAAUAGCGUUAUAGAGGAUAUUGGAAUUGAAUUAGGACAUCACAGAAAUAAGCUGAUAAUUAAGGAGACCGAGAGGAAAAAAAAUUUAAUAAGGCACCAAAUUCAAUUGAUUGAACCUUUACCAUUGUCAUUAAAAUAUGUAACAGAUUUACCAACAAGUAAAGUAAAUAAAGAGGAUGGAGAAUUAAAAAUAGACUCGAGGAUAGUUAGUUUUCCUUAUCAAUCAAAAGAAAUUAAUUCAGUGAGUUAUGUUGAAGAGCCCACUGAGGAAAUCCGUAAACAGUUGACACCUGAAGAGGAGGUUAACUUGAAGUAUGAGAAGUUGAAGGAAAUGCAUAACUGGAUGAUGAAUUAUGAUAAUUACACACAAGUUGAGGAGGAGGAAAUUGAUCAUGACAACUGGAAAAUAAAUUAUGGAACACCUGAUCCUAGAACUGAUGUUAGCAAUGUACCUUGUGGAGGAUGUGGGGCCUAUUUACACUGCAAAGACACAGCAAUUCCUGGUUAUAUCCCAUCAGAAAUCUUCAAAAAUCAUAAAUUCAAAGGCGGUGCUAACUUAGAAGCAAUAAUCUGCCAAAGGUGCUACUUCUUGAAACACUACAACAUGGCAUUACAAGUCAAAGUAUCAUCAGAGGAUUAUCCGAAAGUAUUACAAAGAAUCAGUAAACAGCAGGCUUUGGUGCUUCUUAUGGUAGAUCUAAUGGACUUUCCCUGUUCCAUUUGGCCUGGAAUUGCUGAUAUUUUCGGCCCCAAGACUCCCAUUAUUAUUGUGGGGAACAAAAUUGAUUUGUUGCCCAGAGAUGAUGAUAAGUUCUUGCAAAACAUUAAAACAACCUUACUGGACUAUUGUAAGAUUUCAGGCUUUGGCACAUCCAACAUACAAAACAUAGCUUUGAUCUCUGCUAAGACUGGUUUUGGUGUGGAAGACUUGAUAACAAUAUUGCAGGCAAGUUGGAAGUUUCACGGCGACGUUUAUUUAGUAGGUUGUACCAACGUGGGCAAAUCAAGUUUGUUCAACGCCCUCCUGCAAUCCGACUACUGCAAAAUCCAAAGCUCAGAUCUAAUACAAAGGGCUACCACAAGUCUUUGGCCAGGCACCACAUUAAACCUGCUCAAGUUCCCCAUCACCAAGCCCUCUGCCCACCGCAUGGAACUGCGCAAUGCCCGCCUAAAAACCGCCAGAAAGCUAGAGGCCGAAGAACAAAAGCUUCGAAGGCAACAGUUAAAAACCUACAACACCCCAAAGUGCGCCACCCUCAUCGGACACAUCGGCAGGUCAUAUACGUUGCCGGUGAAGGAAGAAGGCGAUUUGUUCGGCGUGUCGCCCAACUCGAAUGCGUCCGGCAAAGCUAAGAUGGGCAUUAACGAAAAGGAUCCGGAGUUCGUUUUGAGUCGGUGGUGUUUUGAUACGCCAGGAGUCGUGCAAACGGAUCAAAUUAUUAACAUUUUGACUGCGGACGAACUGAUGUUGACUUUGCCCAAGCAAAUAAUUAGGCCUGUGACUUUCUGCGUUCAGCCCGGCAACAGUUUGUUUAUUGCUGGACUUGGACGACUGGAUUACCUUAAAGGAAAUAUAUCCAUUAGGUUGACCGUUUUCCGUUCCAAUUCGCUUCCGUUAACAAUUUGUAAGUCUGAAAUGGCUGAUGAAUUAUACCAAAAUUUGUUGGGUACAGAUUUAUUAGCUGUACCAAUAAAUGUUAGUGACAGAUUAACAAAAUGGCCAGGUUUACAAAAGGCUAAAACCUUCUCUGUUAUUGGAGUUAAUAGUCACAUUUCUAGUAAAGAUGUAGUACUUUCCAGUGCUGGUUGGGUGGCAAUAAACAUAAGAGAAGGUGAAGAGUGUCUAUUUGAAGCUUGGACACCAGAAAAGAGGGGCUGUUAUUUGAGGGAGUGUUUGUUACCAAAAGCUGUGCAACUUAGAGGACGAAGGAAACGAUAUACACCUGUUUAUGGCAAACACAAAUUUAUAUAAAUAAUAAAAUUAAUAAUAGGA